UUCCUGUCAAAAUCACAGUACUUUCGCUCAAACAACACAUUACAACCCUUAUUGACCCCCAGUGGCACCACACAUACCGGUUAUGGCGGUACUGGUGCUUCCGGUGCUAGUGCUAGCACACCAGGUGGCAAGACAGUCGGGAGGUGGCUAAAGGAAAAGAGAGAGAAGAAGAAAGAAGAGACAAGAGUGCAAAAUGCCCAGCUCCAUGCAGCUGUUUCAGUAGCUGGAGUAGCUUCAGCAGUGGCUGCAAUUGCAGCCGCCACAGCUGCAGCAUCUUCAAAGGGAAACGACGAACAGAUGGCAAAAACAGAUAAGGCAUUGGCUUCAGCCGCCAUUCUUGUGGCUGCACAGUGCGUUGAAGCCGCAGAGGCAAUGGGAGCUAAUCGUGAUCACCUCAUGUCUGCAAUAAGCUCUGCCGUCAAUGUCCGCUCUUAUGGAGACAUAUCAACUCUUACCGCCGCCGCAGCCACAGCUCUGCGUGGAGUAGCUACCUUGAAGGCAAGAGCGUUGAAGGACGUGUGGAAUGUUCCAGCAGCUGUUCCAAUAGACAGAGGGUUAAUCAAUAGCAGCAAUAACAAUACUUAUGAAGAACUAGCUCCUGAAGAAAACUUUUUGGCUGCUUGUAAUCAAGAUCUGAUCCUCGCUCGGGGCAGUGAACUUCUCAAAAGAACUCGUAAAGGUGAUCUACACUGGAAGAUUGUCUCCGUUUAUAUUCACCAAACUGGAAAUGUGAUGCUGAAGAUGAAGAGCAAAUACGCAGCAAAUACCAUAACCAAAAAGAACAAGAAUAUAGUGCUGGAUGUUUGCAGGGACAUACCUGCAUGGCCGGGGAGGAACUUGUUUGAAGAUAGAGAGCAAAGACGAUACUUUGGGUUAAAAACUGAAGCCCGUGGCAUCGUCGAGUUUGAAUGCAAGAAUGAAAGAGAAUAUGAAAUGUGGACACAAGGUGUUUCAAGGCUCCUGUCCAUAGUUGGCGAAAGAAUAGCAAGAAGAACACGUUGAAGUUGAAUUGAGCUUUACCACUUUGGUUAAUGGUUGUUACUUUACUUAAUCGAUGUGAGUACUGUUAAGUGUUAAGCUAUUAUCAGUCGUGGAUGACUUGCUGCUAGUGUACUUUUGGCAGGAAUGAACCCAACUUUGCGUUCAUACUUAUCAUUUUCUCAAUUAUGUUAGAAGAAAUGUCCAAGAUCAUGUUUAGCUUCCAAAAUCCAAGAUAUUGUACAAGUAUUGCCUUUUAAUUAGCUUGUAUCAUUUUC